GUUUCCGACGUUGUGUCGAAAUAAUAAUAUUAUUUUAAUGGUCGCGUAAAACCCCGCCGUUUCCGAAAAGAGGAACAAUAAUAUUGGAAUAAAUGAAUAAUAAUCAACAAACUUUAUUCAUGACGAUGGUAGAAUAAAGAUUGACGACGAUGACGACGAAUGACGAUAAUACAAUUUCGUCAGAAUAUAUUAAUAAAUGUAAAUUCGUAGGAAAAUGCCGAGCGCGCGUUGACGACUCUACCUGGAAAUGGUUGUGUGCAAUUUUUGGUUUUUAACGUCCGUUUUCGCGUUCUCGUCACCGGAUCGCUGUUGAUUGGAAGACGUUGUUCCUCGUUAAAAUAUUUAAAUUUACCGUUUCUGGAGCAAGUUUCCAUUAUUCUCACCUGCCAGUCCUGUGCGUGUACCGGUGAAACAUGAACUUCGUCGUCGAUCUGAACAACAAGACAGCAGGCCGUGACAGAGUAGCGAGGUUUGUACAGUAUGGUUCAAAAACGACAUGGCAUUACAUGGAAAAAAACGACUUUGACGUCAAAUCGAUUAAAAAAUUCAAAGAACUUGAACAGUCCUUGGCAGCUUUUCGUAAAGUGUUAAGAUUUGGCCGCUUUAUUGAUUCAUUGCAUACUGCGUUGCGGACUAUUAAUCAUUCAGAUAAAACUAUUAAGUAUUCAGUGACAUUUUCAAAGAUAGCUCAUUCUUUGUAUUUGUUUUGCGACCAUUGUUUAUGGUUGAAUAGAAAUAAAUUUCUACAAAUAAAUGCAUCGAGAUGGAGUCAAGCAAGCAAUCGGUAUUGGCUACUAUCUAUAGUAAUGAAUCUUGUCCGAGAUGUUGUGGAGUUGAACAAUUUAUUUAGAGCAAUCCUGGAAAAAAAAAUUCUAAACACUCUGAAUAGAAAAGUAGCUCCUAAAGACAUCUUUACUGGAGAAGCAGUCCAAUUUGUUCGUAGUCAUAAAGACUUGUUGAUCGAUACUAUAAAAAAUAGCUGUGAUAUAAUGUUACCAUUGUCAAAUUUAGGAUUUAUUAGGUUAAGUCCAGGUACAAUAGGUGUAGUUGGUAUGAUAUCAUCAGUGCUCAGUUUGUAUACACUUGUGGACCAGAAAGCCAAGUUGCCUUAUACGUGAAUGAUUGGUUGACAUUUAAAUUUCAUUUUUGUUAGGUCAACAAGUAUCAAUACAAAAAUUUAAUACAAAUUAGGGUAUAUGUUAUGACAUAAGCUCAAUUUUAUGACACUAAUUCGUCAAAUCAAAUAUUUUUUAAAUUAAUUAGUACAUUUUA